AUGGAACAGGUUAUUAUCGAUCCAUGUAAUGAGCUGACGCUGCCCCUGUACGAUAACCGACUGAAGGCCGCAUCUAUCAUACUGUCCAAGCAUGUCGCAUAUCACCUGAAAUACAUUGCGUUUUGGUCACUUAGAUGGUGGGACGAUGAUUCUGGUGUUUCUGCAGACCAAGAUGAACAUCCCAACUCUAGUGAUGGAAAGGCAACAGCCUCACAUAGUACUCGAUCAUUGGCUGAUGAGGACAUCUCAUCCUUGCAAAGUCAAUGUCCCAAGGUCAUCGAGCAUAGCGACAUUUCUAAUAACUUCGUCGGUAACACACGAGUCUAUAGUCAAUACUUCCUACCAAUUGGAAUCAUACGUGAACUGGUACAGCACUCGAAUGUGGAAUUGACGUUGAGUUCAAGUGGCCUCUUUCAAGACGAACGCAUUCCCCAAUUGGUGGAUUACAUCGUGACAACAUCCAAGCGUCUCUUUCUCACGUUGAUCUGCUGUGAAGAUAUAAAACCUAUUGAGAAUUUCCUGAAGGCUGGCUUGACAGACGAGGACCUUCCCCUCUGUACAUGUUCUAAGGGGGGGAGAAAUGUUCACAAAUGUGGAAUAGAUGGGUCUCAUGGAGUUCAAGAUAACCUGCGAGACUACUUCGACAAAUGGGGAGACGCCCGAAUGGACCUGUUUAUUCGAUUACAAUGGAUCUUUCUGGCGCCUGUGUUUACACCAACACGUUUUGUCUACUUACUUCACGAUGAUUGCCCGCUUCCCUACGUACAUUUGGACUCCACCUCAAUCGUCAGUCACUUUUCCUCAGUCGAAAGAAGGGGCAUUCAUGUGGACCACCUAGAAGGUCGACACCACUCAGAUGUUUUAAAUGGCAAUUAUGUUGAUAUCGCCGUCAAGCAAUGGAUAAACAACUAUAGCACGGAUGGUAAAGAGUUAUACGACAAGGAAAUAGACGCCCCGAAGAUUAUGCGACAUCUAGACCACAAUCACUUGAUCCAAGCUAUCGCAUUUUAUCGUAAAGGACCUAACAAUUGUUUAGUUUUCCCAUGGGCUCGUGGAGGUGAUCUCGCAAAUUUCUGGAGAACCGAUGCGAGCAACCUUGAUGAAGAUCUUGUCGAGUGGGCUUUGGCACAGAUUGAAGGAAUUUGUCAUGGAAUCAUGAGUCUCCACGACGAGAGCAUGCGCCAUGGCUAUCUCAAGCCAGAGAAAAUUCUCCAUUUUCCUCAAAAGAGCGGUGGCCACGGCUUACUAAAGGUUGCCGGUCCCAGGAUAGUGAACUUACAUGCAAAGUACACCCGAGACCAGGCACUCGCCACGCGAAAAGAUUUUGAUUAUUGGUUGUACCUGCCGCCUGAAGUUGACUACGAUCGUAUGGUCUCUCUCAAAGCUGAUGUAUGGAGCUUGGGCUGCAUUUUCUUGGAAUUCGUCAUAUGGCUUGUCUAUGGGCAAGGCCAUCUUUCAAAAUUUCAUCAGCAUUUGAAAGUUGACCCUGAAAUGGAUCGGUUCUGGUCAGAUUCUUUAUCGGGCCCCAAGAAACAUCCUGCUGUUCAGUAUUGGAUUCACCAGAAGCUGGAAAAGGACUUGAAAGUUCACACUGCACUCUGGGAUCUAGUUGAGCUAAUCGACGAAAGGCUACUUGUUACAUCCUCGGAUGAACGCGGUCACGCCGGUGAAGUUAACCGAAAUUUGAAAUUGAUUCGAAAGAAGUGUUUAGAGAACCCAACAUACCGCUUUGAUUCCAGGCUCGCCAGUUUAGCAGCAUCUAGGACCUUAAAUCCAGAUAAAGACAGUGAAAUCGUACGUCAGAUUGAUCAAGUAAGUAAAGUCUCACCCAAGUCGUCCAGAAACAAUUCUCACUAA